AUGGAAAGACCGUCCAAGAAAUCACGCACGAUAGCUUCUUCUGUCCCAGAGAAAGCUGCGGAAAAAGCUGAGGCGGAGUUGGAGGCCCACCCUCAUGCUCCUUCUGAAGCUGUCCUUGAAGUUCACGAUGCAGGCGAGUUUGCAGGCAUGACAAGGCACAAAACUACGGCCCAAGAGGCCCAGAAGCUGGAGUCGGCAGAACUCAACCCCUUUACUGGACUUCCAUUCACGCAAAAAUAUGUGGACAUCCUGAAGGUCAGGCGAGACCUUCCUGUGCAUGCACAGAGAGACCAGUUUCUCAAGAUCUUUCAGUCCACUCAGAUCAUGGUAUUUGUGGGUGAAACCGGUUCCGGUAAGACAACACAAAUCCCUCAGUUUGUGCUUUAUGAUGAUAUGCCUCACUUGAAUAAGUCAAUGGUUGCAUGUACGCAACCACGUCGUGUUGCUGCUAUGUCUGUUGCUGCCAGAGUGGCUGAUGAGAUGGAUGUUACAUUAGGUGAAGAGGUUGGUUACAGCAUUCGUUUCGAGAACAAGACAACUCCCAAAACUAUCCUGAAGUACAUGACAGAUGGUAUGCUUUUGAGAGAGGCUAUGGAAGACCAUAAUCUUUCAAGAUACUCGUGUAUCAUCCUUGAUGAAGCCCACGAACGUACUCUGGCCACUGACAUCCUUAUGGGUUUGCUGAAACAGGUAACCCAGAGAAGACCCGACUUGAAGCUAAUCAUCAUGUCUGCUACUCUGGAUGCUGAAAAGUUCCAAAAGUACUUUGAAGAUGCUCCUCUCUUGGCGGUUCCCGGCCGUACAUUCCCUGUGGAGAUCUAUUAUACCCCAGAAUUCCAGAGAGAUUACCUUGAUGCUGCCAUCAGAACUGUUCUGCAAAUCCACGCCACGGAGGAGGAAGGUGAUAUUCUGCUCUUUUUGACGGGUGAAGAAGAAAUCGAGGACGCUUGCAGGAAGAUUUCUCUGGAAGGAGAUGAACUUAUCAGAGAGGAGUCUUGUGGCCCUCUUAAAGUGUAUCCUCUUUAUGGUUCGCUUCCACCUCAUCACCAACAGAGGAUUUUUGAGCCAGCUCCUAAGGCUGUCAGGCCUAACGGAAAACCAGGAAGAAAAGUGAUUGUUUCCACCAACAUUGCUGAAACAUCUUUGACUAUUGAUGGUAUCGUGUACGUGGUGGAUCCUGGUUUCUCCAAACAAAAGGUGUACAACCCAAGGAUCAGAGUCGAGUCUUUACUUGUAUCACCAAUAUCAAAAGCUUCCGCCCAGCAAAGAGCUGGUCGUGCGGGUCGUACGAGACCAGGUAAGUGUUUCCGUUUGUACACUGAAGAGGCUUUCAAGAAAGAGUUGAUCGAACAGAGCUACCCUGAGAUUCUCAGAAGUAACCUGUCGAGUACGGUCCUAGAGCUCAAGAAACUGGGUGUUGAUGAUUUAGUGCAUUUCGACUUCAUGGAUCCUCCUGCCCCAGAAACAAUGAUGCGUGCCUUGGAGGAGUUGAAUUAUCUUGCAUGCCUUGACGAUGAAGGCGAGCUUACCGCACUUGGAAGACUGGCAUCGAACUUCCCAUUGGACCCAAUGUUGGCCGUGAUGCUGAUUGGAUCGCCAGAGUUCAAAUGCUCUGAGGAAAUUCUUACCAUUGUCGCCAUGCUGUCUGUGCCGAAUGUGUUUGUGCGUCCUAUCUCUGCAAGAAAACAGGCAGACGAGAAGAAGGCCUACUUUGCGCAUCCCGAUGGUGACCAUCUCACCAUGCUGAACGUCUACCACGCUUUCAAGUCCGACGAGGCUUACGAGAUUGGUCUGCACCAAUGGUGCCGUGACUACUUCCUGUCGUACAGAUCUUUGAAGAGUGCAGAGAAUGUUCGCGCUCAGCUGCAGAGGAUGAUGGAACGCUAUGAUCUUGAGUUGGUGUCAGUCGACUACGACGACAGGAACUACCACAACAACAUUAGAAAGGCAUUGGCCUCUGGAUUCUUUAUGCAAGUGGCGAAGAAGAAGUCUACUGGAAAAGGAUACCUCACUGUCAAAGAUAACCAGGAGGUUUUGAUCCAUCCAAGCACUGUGUUGGCCCACGACAGCGAGUGGGUCAUCUACAACGAGUUUGUCUUGACCUCUUCUAACUACAUCAGGACAGUCACCUCCGUUAAGCCUGAGUGGUUGAUCGAGUAUGCCCCUGCAUAUUACGACUUGAGUAAUUUCCAGAGAGGUGAUGUCAAGCUGAGUCUGGAGAGAGUACAGGCAAUGCAUGACAAAAAGAAGGAGCUCAAGAAGCUGAAGAAAUCGAAGCAUUGA